AUGGGGCGAUCUUGUCCACAGGUCUCGCGAUCGGAGCCCGUCGAUGGCACCAUCAGCUUUGGGCCGCUGGACGACCGGAGCAGGUGGAAUACCCCUCUCGUCGGCCUGCAGCCCCCUUCUCUUCGUUGUAACAAUCACCUCCAAUUUUGCCCAUCGCAACCACGCGAAAUGGCUAGGGAAAAGAUUCUCUUUGAGAAGAACGGGCUCGAGCUCUUCGGCCUUUUCCAGCGGGGUGCACGCGCACAGGCACUGCCACUGAUAGUCCUAAUUCAUGGCGGGGGAGCCACGACGGCGUUCUUCGAUAAUUCCGUCAUUUCUGAGAAAGGGCAUGCAGGUUUGAUCCUGGUGGGACAUUCGAUCGGCGGGGCCAUCGCCCUGUCUAUCGCCCACGAAGCGCAGGGGCGGUUGCCAAUUUUCGGCGUCAGUGCCAUGGGGUGUUUGCCGACUCUGGCGCCAUUGAGGCUGCUUCCCGAGGUCGACCCAGAGCCUGAGAAUCCAAGAUUCGUUGUCGACAAUAACCCGGAGAAUGUCAGACGAUUCAUGGGCAGAACGGAGUGGUUGAACCUCGAUGCGCUGUCUGCGGAUAUUGUGUCCACGGUUUUUGAGCCCGGCAUCAAGGCGGAAAUCAAGGAGUACCAGACCUCCGAUCUGUACGAGUACCUGGUCGCCAGGGUCUUUCCCGGUAUCCGGGUGCCGGUCCAGUAUUUAGCGGCCGAAGCCGAGGUCCUCUGGGAUGACGAAGAACAGGGGAGACCGAUAUUUGAUACUUUGGUAUCGCAUUUCAAAAAUGCCUCCGAGAUUGAUUCAGCUAUCUUGCCACGGGGUGGCCAUAACUAUGAGUUCUCCAAAAGUGUCGACAUACUGUUGGAUCGCAGGAAUGAGUUCGUCCGGAAACUAUCAACAAGAUUUGAACGCACCAACGGCGAAACGACAAUCCAAGUACCAUUUACCAAUGUCCCCAUCUUGGAUUACGCUCAAACGGCCUCCGCAAGUACGCGAGCGACGUUCCUGACAGCACUAAAAAACGCCAUCGUCAAUGUCGGCUUCUUCUACCUCAAAAAUACCGGUGUUCCAGAUGAAUUAUACCGAGAUCUGGCCGAGCAGUCCAUUGCCUUAUUUAACUUACCAUUGGAGAAAAAACUGGAGAUUGAAAUGGUGAACAGCAAGCAUUUCUUGGGUUAUGCCCGGCUCGGCCAGGAGGUAACGGCUUUGAGAAGCGACUACCGCGAGCAAUUCGACUUUGCGACUGAGCUGCCUGCCCCUGGCCCCGAGGAACCCUUAUAUCGCAACAUUCGUGGGCCCAACCAAUGGCCGGAUGCGGAGGUCUUGCCCAGCUUCCGUUCCACGAUCGAGCACUAUCUAGAAUCAAUCGAAACGUUAUCGAAUUCUUUCAAGGCCCUCGUUGCCGAAGCGUUGGAGCUCCCUUCAAACGCAUUUGAUCAAUUUUUCGAUUCUCCACAGCAGAAUAAGCUCAAGUUGAUCAAAUACCCGGAGCCCGUGGACGCCCAAACUGACGAGGACACUCAAGGAGUCGGCCCCCACAAGGACUCGUGCUUUCUGACCUUUCUCUUGCAAGGCACUCCGCACACGGGACUAGAAGUGCAAAAUAAAGCGGGGACGUGGCUGCCAGUGAAACCCAUACCUGGUACACUGGUUAUCAACAUUGGCCGCGCUCUAGAAGCCAUUACAGGCGGCGUGUGUACUGCCACGACGCACCGAGUGAAUCUGCGCCGUGAGAACUAUCUCGAUGCUGACGGCCAGUCGCUGGGCCCACGGUUAUCUUUCGCGGUCUUUCAGGGCGUCAGUCUUGAUCUGGGUGUUGAGAAAAUUCACAUCAGGAUCCCGCAGCAUAUCAAAGAACUGGUUCAGGAUGAGAAGGUACGAUCGGAUGCUGAGGCCACGUUUAACGAGAUGUUCAAUGGAAACAUCGGCGAGGGGACGCUGAUUGCGCGCAUCACGAGCCAUCAAGAUGUCGCACAGCGAUGGUAUCCUGAUCUCCUCCAGCAGGCCUUGAAGGCCCAAAGCGAUAAACACCGAUAA